GCAGUUGUGUUACUCGCGGUGCUGGCAAGAUGACUACUAUGUUUGCAGAUACCAUUCUUAUCGUGUUUAUAUCAGUUUGCACAGCGCUGCUGGCUGAGGGUAUAACAUGGGUUCUCGUAUACCGGACAGACAAGUACAAGAGAUUAAAAGCAGAAGUGGAAAAGCAAAGUAAAAAAUUGGAAAAGAAGAAAGAAUCUAUAACAGAAUCUGCUGGACGCACGCAAAAGAAAAAAAUUGAACGGCAGGAAGAGAAACUCAAGAACAAUAACCGAGAUCUUUCCAUGGUUCGAAUGAAAUCCAUGUUUGCUAUUGGCUUUUGCUUUACAGCACUGAUGGGCAUGUUCAACUCAAUAUUUGAUGGACGAGUUGUAGCAAAACUGCCCUUUGUGCCUCUGUCCUAUAUUCAGGGACUCUCACACAGAAACCUCCUUGGGGAAGAUUACACUGACAGCUCGUUUAUCUUCUUGUACAUACUGUGCACCAUGUCCAUCCGACAGAAUAUCCAGAAGUUGCUGGGACUUGCUCCAUCUCGUGCUGCUACCAAACAAGCAGGGGGAUUCCUGGGUCCUCCACCCCAGGCUGGGAAAUUCUCCUAGAAAUGUAUUGUCCUGAGGGAUCUUCACUGCCAUUUUUCACUCAUCGAAAGAAUGAAACAAGGACUCCAAUAGUGAAGCUGAUUCCACACAUGCCAUUUAUAGAGCAACUGCCUUCCCCUGCUUCUUAACCCUUUCAAUUGCAGGGGAUUUUAACACUUAUCACAACAACAGUUGCCACACCUAGUUGUGUGUUUUUAUGUUUUUUUUUUUCUCCUUACAAAAUUCUCUAAUUUAUAUAUUGAUUUGAGUUUUGAACCCAAAUAUGUUCAAUAAUAUACAUCCAUCAAAUGAAUGGUAGGGAUUAAAGGGGAACUAGAGUCUAAAAUAGAAUAAGGUUAGAAAUGCUACUAAACAUAAACUUACUGCACCAGAAGCCUAAUAAAACAAAUGAUUUAUGGCCACAGGGGGGGGGUGUCACCAUCUUGUAACUUUGUUAUACAUCUCUGCAAGACAAAGACCAUGCACAUGCUCAGUGUGGUCUGGGCUUCUGUGGGACCUGUUAUCCAGAAUGCUUGGGACCUGAGGUUUUCGGGAUAAGGGAUCUUUCCGUAAUUUGGAUCUCCAUAACUUGUUUGCUAAAAAUCAUUUAAAUGUUCAUUAGACCCAGUCGGAUUGUUUUGCUUCCAAUAAGGAUUAAUUGUAUCUUAGUUGGAAUCAAGCACAAGGUACGGUUUCAUUACUACAAGCAAAAAGGAAAUCUUUUUUUUUUUUUUUACAUAUGAAUUAUUUGUUUAUAAUGGAGUCUAUGGGAGAUCACCUUUCCGUAAUUUGGAGCUUUCAUGGUAAUGGGUUUCCGGAUAAAGGAUCCUAUACCUGUAUUAGAAUGCAGUGGGCAUGGGGCCUGUAGUGCUUCCGCUGUCACUAACAUAUCUCUGUGUCACACAAUGAAUUCCCCAUUAUCUGGUGGAUCAUAUAGUAUUUAUGUGAAAUGAAUAGACUCCCAAAAUAAAUUUCAUUUUACAAA